AUGGCGUUUGCUGGGACAAAUACCAGUUUGUCCCAGCCGGAUAUCACGCAGAAACUAACGGAGCGCAUAGACGACCUGAAGCAAAAGAUCGCUGCUUGGGGCAAGCGGAUUCGACGAUUUACCGACAGGUCAAGGCGGUUCAACCAGAAUCGUCUCUUCCAGAGUGAUCAGAAGAGGCUCUAUAAAUCAUUGGAGCGACCAAAGGUAUGUGGAGCGGGCCAAGGACCGGAUCAGGCAGACAUUAUCGCAUUCUGGCGUGGCCUGUGGUCAGAGCCCGUAAACCACAUCGAGGGCCCUUGGAUGGAAGUUGUGGCGAGCCAGGGUGCGAGUGUUACGCCUAUGGACCCCAUCACCGUAACGCCGGAAGACGUGGCUGAGGCGGUCCGUGGGCCCCGAACUGGAAAAGUCCGGGGCUCGACGGGCUGCAUCAUUACUGGCUGA